AUGGACCCUAAUCGAAUCAUGUCCUCCUCUUUUCCUCUUCUCUUCUUGAUUCUUCUCUGUAUCAGUUCAACUGCCGUCGGUGAGAUCCGUUUCUCCGAGAUCCGAUCCGACGACCGGCCGAUUAUCCCCUUCGAUGAGUUCGGAUUCACCCACCGCGGCCAGCUUGAGCUCAACGUUACUAAAAUUUCCCUGGUCGGCCCCAAUUCCGAUUCCUCCACCCUAGACCUCUCCAAAGUCGGAUUCUUUCUCUGUACCCGGGACGCCUGUAUCCACGUACUCCAGCAAAUUGAAGACGCCGAGAUCACCUGCACGCUGCUAUCUGACUCCAUCCACAAGGUCUUCACCUUCGAUCGUCUCCCAAACCCUAACACAGACAGUUUCAAUUUCUUGUACCCGGAAUCCAAUGCCGAUCAGUACACACUUGUAUUCGCCAAUUGCCUUCCGCAACUCAAGGUCUCGAUGAAAGUCCGCUCCGCCAUGUACAACCUGGAAAACGGCAAGUCUAAUAGCCGGGAUUAUCUUAGCGCUGGAAAGACAAUUUUACCACGGGUUUAUUUCCUGUUUUUUAUUGUGUAUUUUGUUCUGGCUGCUGUUUGGAUUAAUAUUUUGUACAAGAAGAGAUUGACGGCCUUUAGAAUUCAUUUCUUUAUGCUUGCGGUUGUGAUCUUGAAAGCCUUCAAUUUACUGUGUGAGGCGGAGGAUAAGUCUUAUAUUAAGCGAACUGGAUCUGCUCAUGGCUGGGAUGUGUUAUUUUACAUAUUUAGCUUCUUGAAGGGGAUUACUUUGUUCACUUUGAUUGUGUUGAUUGGGACUGGAUGGUCGAUCUUGAAGCCAUAUUUGCAAGAUAAAGAAAAGAAGGUUUUGAUUAUUGUGAUCCCACUUCAGGUGAUUGCCAAUAUAGCUCAAGUUGUGAUUGAUGAGACUGGACCAUAUGGUCAAGAUUGGAUGACAUGGAAACAAGUUUUCCUGCUUGUUGAUGUUGUUUGCUGUUGUGCGGUGCUUUUCCCAAUCGUUUGGUCUAUCAAGAACUUGCGGGAAGCGGCAAGGACUGAUGGAAAAGCUGCAGUGAACUUGAUGAAGUUGACUUUGUUUAGACACUACUACAUUGUGGUGAUAUGCUACAUUUACUUUACAAGGGUUGUGGUUUAUGCAUUGGAGACGAUUACUUCUUAUAAGUAUCUUUGGACUAGUGUGGUGGCAGGGGAGUUGGCUACACUGGCAUUCUAUGUGUUCACAGGGUACAAAUUCAAGCCGGAGGCACACAAUCCAUAUUUCGUGAUCGAUGAUGAAGAGGAGGAGGCUGCAGCCGAGCAAUUGAAGUUGGAAGAUGAGUUUGAACUGUGA